CUCGGGGCCGACAUGGGCGCCGCCGCGUGGGCACCGCCGCCCUUGGCGUGGCGAGGGUUGCUGCUGCUGCUACUGCUGUUGCUUCAGCCGCUCCCCGGGCUGCCCGCGGGCUCCUGGGAUCCUGCCGGCUACCUGCUCUACUGCCCCUGCAUGGGGCGAUUUGGGAACCAGGCUGAGCACUUCCUGGGCUCCCUGGCGUUUGCUAAGCUGCUGAACCGCACUCUGGCCGUCCCUCCCUGGAUUGAGUACCAGCAUCAUAAGCCUCCCUUCACCAAUCUCCAUGUGUCCUACCAGAAGUACUUUAAGCUGGAGCCCCUCCGGGCCUACCACCGGGUCCUCAGCCUGGAGGAAUUCAUGGAGAAGCUGGCGCCCACCCACUGGCCCCCAGAGAGACGGGUGGCGUACUGCUUUGAGGUGGCAGCCCAGCGAAGCCCAGAUAAGAAGACGUGCCCCAUGAAGGAAGGAAACCCCUUUGGCCCGUUCUGGGAUCAGUUUCAUGUGAGUUUCAAUAAGUCGGAGCUCUUUGCAGGCCUUUCCUUCAGCGCCUCCUACAAAGAACAGUGGAUGCAGAGAUUUUCCCCGGAGGAACAUCCAGUGCUCGCUCUGCCGGGAGCCCCAGCCCAGUUCCCCGUCCUGGAGGAGCACCGGCCUCUCCAGCGGUACAUGGUGUGGUCUGACGAGAUGGUGAGGACCGGGGAGGUUCACAUCCGCACGCACCUCAUCCGGCCGUACGUGGGCAUCCAUCUGCGCAUCGGCUCUGACUGGAAGAAUGCCUGCGCUAUGCUGAAGGACGGGACAGCAGGCUCGCACUUCAUGGCCUCGCCACAGUGUGUGGGCUACAGCCGCAGCACUGCAGCACCACUGACCAUGACCAUGUGCCUGCCCGACCUCCAGGAGAUCAUGCGAGCCGUUAAGCUCAGUGUGAAGGCCCUUGAUGCCCAGUCCGUCUACAUCGCCACGGAUUCUGAAAGUUACGUUCCGGAGAUCCAGCAGCUCUUCAAUGGGAAGGUGAAGGUAGUGAGCCUGAAACCCGAGGUGGCCCAGGUUGACCUGUACAUACUGGGGCAAGCCGACCACUUCAUCGGCAACUGUGUUUCCUCCUUCACCGCCUUUGUGAAGCGAGAACGGGACCUCCAGGGGAAGCCAUCGUCUUUCUUCGGCAUGGACAACCCCCCCCAGCUGCGGGAUGAAUUCUGAUCCUGGGCAAAGCAUGUGUGCAGGUUGAGUUGGUGUCUCCCUGGCCAGGCCUGGCAGCCAGGGGUACUCCCAGAGCACAAGCCUCCCCUCUGGCAUGCCCGAGAUGGAGGAAGGAACACGUCCUGUCUCCCAGGCUGCUGGGAGCCAGCAUAUCUCCCCUCCUGCCCUUCCUGCUGUUUCUCCAGACAUUCUUCACGUCUGCAAAGCAGCCCAGCCUCUCGGUUGGCCAUGCUCUGAGCAGCCUGCAAGACCGAACUCUUUGGAGAUGUGUGUGUGUGCGUGUGUACAUAUAUACAUAGAAAGAUUUUUAUAGUUUUGAUACAAGGCCAUGAAUAUGCUGGAACUCUCCCUCUUUGUGAAGAAUCAGCAGAAUCCAUUCAUUUUAGUACCAAAAGUGACCUUAACUGAAUGUGGAGGAAGAAGCCACUUUUCCCAGGUGGCCCUCCCACUGACCUGCAGCGCCUGGCCAGGGCAAUGGUUGUCACUUGCUUCCCCAGGCUGUGUCUCAGCCCUGCUGGCCCCACAUCUUGGUGCAACACAGUGCUCUGAGAGUGGCCAAAUGGUGCCCACAUGGCACAUUCCCCAUGGGGAACACAUGCCAGGAAGCCAGAACCUCAGGGUCCUGGGAUGACCGCCACACACCUGGCAAUGCCAAGGUCUCUGAAUAUAUCACUGGGGGCUAGGGUUUCCUGGGCUGGCAGGGGCCGUGGGUGGUAGAAUACUGCCUCUUGAGUUGAUAUCUGUAGCAUGUUCCCCUCCCAGACCCCACCCUGCAGCUGGAACCCUCAGACCAAAUUAUCAUGAGGGAGUAUGUGCUAGGCUUCUGACCACAUACAAGAUGCUCCAGCUCCAGGAACCAUCGGAGUUGUCGUUUAGAAGCAGCUUUUGCCCCUUCCCAUGUCAGCUCAGCCAACACUGUGAGAUGUUAGGUAUAUUCCAUAUCGUAUGUUUGUCUCUGUGAGCUGGGCCCAGACCUGUGUACAAAGCCUUCUCCCGAUUACCUUGGGGAGGAAGUGCUUUCUUUGUCUGAGAUGAACUGGGUCGGAGGUCAGAGGCUGCAGGAUGUCAGGUUCUUCACCCAAGUUGGCAUUUGCUGCUUGGAGCUGCUGCCCAAGAAAGAGAUACUUGCAGAAAGGGCUCUUUCGCUUACCCUCCUGAGGCAGCGGGAAUGUGUGGCAAUCCUGGCUGGACCUUGAGAUGCUGGUUGAUCAACCCGGACUUGCUCUUUUUUUUUAAAAGAUUUAUUUUAUUUUUGUUGGAAAGGCGGAUAUACGGAGAGGAGAG